UCAGCUAUUUGUCAAAUACACUCGCAACUAAUACAUUUCGUUGUUUUGAGGCUUAGGUUUGAAGUUCUGUCAUCAAUUUAGAGCUUACGAUACUUUGUUAACAUUAAUCCCUAGAAAUAUUCAGGAAAGAUUUCAAAUCGCUGCGCUGAUCCUAAACCAAUCCGCACAAAAACAUAAUAUUUAACCAAUUUACUGCUUUAUAAUGCGUAGUUCUGUAUUUAUCGCUGGAUUAAGUGUCAUAGUUCUAACUUGUGUUGCUAUCCUGGUCGGCUCCAUCCUAAUAUUCGAUACGAAACAUAACGAGUUUCCGGAAUACCAUUCUGUGCUGGAAAGAUGCAGCAAAGAGUCAGAAAUUUCUCCAGAGGUUUCUCAAAUGCUAAAAGUGAUCGAAUUUUGGCAAGCAACCAAACAUGCACUUGAUAUGGAGUCAAAUGUCACAGAGAAUUCGGAUAUUGCACAAGCCCGUGAACUUGUUUCACAACUGGAAAAUACUUUAAAGCCGCUAUUUUUACAGUUUUUUGUUAAUUUUACAAUCGUAUCGGGAUUAUAUGAUAACUCCACAGAAUUCGAAGAAACUGGUUAUUACAAAACUAUACAGAGUGAUUUUAACUUUCUUUCCCGAGAAAUUGGAAUAUUUAUAGAUUUAUUUGGUAAAAUGACAUGCGUACAAAAUGUAACCAGCCAGAAUAAUUUUAGUCAGGCGAUUGCAUUCUUCACUGUGCUUCAGAAUUCUACAUUUUUUGAAACACAAAUCCAGAAGAAAAUUGAGGAACGUUAUAACGUUGGGAAAAUAUUUAUUAAAUUUAGUUGCGCUUAUUUGGAUAUACUCAUCACUGAAAUAUUUUUAUUUGCAACAGUUCAGCAUUUUUCACCUCUUCUUUCGGCUAGAUCUUGUAAACAACUGCGUUCUCUUCACAUUGGUCACCGUGGUCAUCAUUGUUCACCUUUUGAUAUGGAAACUAAGACGUAACGUUCAGUACUGGCUACAAUUUAGCCUUAUCCUUUGUCUCUGGAUAUUCACUUCUAUCAGAAUUUACUUUUUCUCGUUCUAUUUUCCUUAUUUAUUAAAAUCACCUCCACUCUACGUACUAGCUGAUAAACUUGACAACAUUCUCCAUUUUUGGCUUAAGCUGGCUUUGCUGGGGUCAUGGUUGGACCUGGCUAUACAUGGAUGGGUGACAGCAAUCAGCUUCAACUUUUGACGAAGCACAUUGAAACCAGCCGCAAGUAGGGAUCACAAACGGAUUUUCAUUUAUUAUUCGACGGUGACCCUCCUCUUUGCAUCAAUCGUUUCUGUCGCAAUGGUCGUCCCUUUUCCACCCAAUUCACUAGUUACUAUUGUUGCCUCCGUUACCAUGAUUUUUGUCCUUGCAUCAUUCAACCUUUUCUUUUUUGUGAGUACAUUUCGAGCGAUGAGAGCUACGAGGCAGUCAACUGGAAGUUCAACGACCAUAAAUAGGCAAGAAAGGUGACGGAUAAAUGAUAAUUAUUACACUUUGUAUGCAUAAAUGUGCGUCGUAUACUAUAAAUAUAAGAAAAUAAUAAUUUUUGUACGAUCUUCGUUUAUUUGAAAUUACCCAUAAUAAUGGUCUUAUUUUCCGUCCCGAGAGCUAUAUUUGGAAACAUCAUUAUCGCAUUUGAGGAUAUGCGUUGGUGGAAGGUCUUCAGCAUUUUUUGCUUUCAAUCGAUGGGAUACGUAAUUAUUGCGAUCUUAUACUGCUCUGCCAAAACUUGGAAAGAUUUAAAAAAGGUGAUACGAACUCUUGGGGAACAAUGCAUUCAAAUUUGCUGAUCGAUAAACGACAAUAUUUCUUAAAUCAAGGAUUGACUUUUUUCAUAAUAAAAAAUUGAUCGAUUAAUACAUAUAUUCAUAAAUACGUUCAUAUUAUGCUUAUACCAUACGUAAUGAUUCUUAUAUUAUGUAAAUACAGUAGUUAUCAUAUUUACACGUUCGUAUAUAUUUACUUAUUCCUUUAAGGAACCCACUAUUAUUUCCAUGCGAUUCUCAUGCAGAAAUAAUUUGUUUUGGAUUAUGUACAAAUGUAAAUACAUAAAUAACAACGGUAUCUGACCUAUCCCACGUCGGAGUAAUAAUAGGACGGAAGGUCUUCCAUCUAAAUAUUAAUACAUAUUUAUGUAUGUAUUAACAUACAUAGGUAUGACUUACGGUACUGAAGGCUAUGUAUCUGCUUGUAUUAUUAGCUUACUACUUAUUACAUUAGCGAAUUACAAUUUCCCAAGCGUUUUAUUGCUUAUAAGCACAAUUUUUAAAGCCAAUUAAAAAUUUUUCUUUUUAAUUUUGAAGCAAAUGUCCCAAAAAUAAAUCCAAUACUUAUGCUUGAUUAGUUGAUUCGCUCAGUUCGUAGAGGCAAUUUCGCAGUAUACGAUAUAAAUAAAAUCAAGGUCAAAUUAGGACUAUUUAUUUAUUCAUGUCAUACUAACUAUAAAUUCAUAUAAAUAAUAUUUGUAAAAACUUAUGUAAAUACGUAGUAGUACGACAUACAUACAUUCAAAGACGGAAUCCUAGAAAAAGCACGCGUACCUAGGUAAUUAGGCCGAAAAUAUUUGAACACAAUAAAUAAAAGUGGCUAUUUAUUUUGAAAACUUGUUUGAUUACUACUCGGACAAUCCCACUUAACUAAUCCUAAAUAUAUUUCACUAUUACUGUUACAUGGUUACCCUGACCAUUCUAAUAGGACGUCAGGAUUGUCCUUUUCUCUAAUUUGCAUUUAUACUCUGAAGAAUAGAGAUCAAUCCGAUCCGAAACUAAAAUGAAUUUAUAAAAUUGGCAUUACUCUCGUGACCGCCCUUCACUCUCCUGCUUUCAUUUCCCGUCUGAAAGACAGGAAGAAGCAAGGAGGGCAUGGGGCACGCCAGUUUGAGAAAAAACAAUCUUUAGAUUUCGAAGAUUGGCGUACCCUUUUCACAAAUAACUUAAUCUAACAAUCAAAAUCGUACAAAAUUUGGUUUCCUAUUUUAGAUAGCUGUGAGUAUUAUGGGUAUAAAUUGAGUGAAUGAUGUAACUGUAACAUCAUUUACCUGCAAAGCUCAAUAUGUUGGACUCUUGGACGAAAGUGUGGUAUGUUCUUGGGCUGCGUGCCCUCGCUUGGGAUAAGUGUUGUCCAAUCCGAUGGGAUACAAAAUCUCGAAGCAUCAAAAUUCAGCGUGGUUAUGGAGUUACGAUUUGGUGGCUUUGGUUCCUAUAUUUUGUAAUCUAUUGUUUUUGUGAUUCUCGAUAUUUGUAUCAAAUUCUACGAAGCGAUCAAGUCUCUUUGAAAAGCUUUGUCAUUACGUCGGGCUAUUUCAUCAUGAACGGUGUCGUCGUUGUCAUGUUUCUCUUGAUGGGGGUGAAAACUGAUGAAUUUGUAAAUGCUGGGAAUAUUCUUGUCAGGACGGACGAUUUAUUGCAAGCUAUUUUUCAGCGCCCCCUAAACCAAAGAGCCAGCACAUUAACGACAAAUCGACGAUUUCGACUGCAUAAAAUAACUGUAAUGCUGACCACCUUAUGUGCAAUUGUGUUGCCACCACUAUUCCUGGGGCGAAUGAUUCUCAAUCCUCUCACGCCUUUGAACCGAUUCAUACAUUCCAUUACUGGAUAUAAACCAAAAUUUGAGCUCGCCUCACUUCCGUUCGUUUUGUUCUCUUCAAUGGUCGGAACGAAAGGUGGUCCGUUGGGGACAGUGCUUUUAAAUACGGGUCUGAUGUACAUGCAAUUCGAAAGCUUUUGGUUUCAAGCCCUCUGCCCUGAGAGACAAUAUGCAUUUGGAAAUAUCUGGAAAACUCCUUUGGGUCCCAUCAGAGAAGACCGAUUGUAUUUUAUUUACCGAUGGCAUCAAAUUGUGAACAUUGUGGUCAACCAAUUUUAUGUAUACACAACUUUCCACGUGGCUGGCGCACUUGGUGUCGCCUCAUUUUGUGUUUUUGCCUUGAUCAAACUUGCGAAUAAACAACCUUUCGGUGUAGUGCUUGUGAUCACAUCAAUGUUCGUAAUGGCGAUAUUGGUUCUCGGGUUUGAAGUAUAUUUCGUAUCUGGCACGUUCCUGGCAAGCAACCGAUUUAUAUGCUCCCUGCGACGUGAUGGUGACACUAGACGGGGAUCUUGGCGAAUGAAGAGAAUUAGAACACUUCGGCCGUUGCACUUUAACACUGGAGGUGCUUUCUUCAAAAUUGACAACGCAACUCUUCUCUAUUUCGUGAAAGUUGGGACAGACAUAACGAUAAGCUUAAUUUUCGAUUUAAAUGCUGUCUAAACCAUAGUAAUUUUAUGUGUGAUUCUUGGCAGCUGGAUUAUUUUUCUAAUUACCUAAGUAAAAUAAUAUAAUCAUUAAUUCUUAUGUAUGUAUGUACAUAUAGGUAUGUAUGUAUCUGCUUGGCUAUAAAUACAUGCACACAUACAUGCGUGCAAACCUUGUAGCUUCAGGUACUCAUAGUUUCCUGGUAGUAAAUAAAGGAAAAAGCAUAAGAAUGUCACCUUUGUCUUGAAAAGUGAGCCGUCCCUAAUUUUUUAUCUGAUUUGGAUUAAUGGAUUAAAAAUGGA